UUAUUGAUGAAGUUAGGCAUCAGCGUGCGUCAAUUGGCCAAAGACAAAGAAGAAGACUUAAGAAAGCUCUACUCAUGUUGGUGGUCCAAACCAUUGCCAGAACAUCUCAGUUUUAGAAAAAUACUCUGUUUUGAAGGAGGGUAAGAUAUGUGGCGGAGUAUUCCAGUCAGUUUUAUGUCUCACUGCCAUUGCGGAAUAACAACAAAGCCACAGAUUUAUUUAGAAAGCUUCGGAUUGACAGGGAUGCAACUACAAACCUGAAAAAAAAUGAGGACCAAGGGCCUUCGCUCGAAACGUCGAAGUUCUCCUUGUAUUUUUCAGGUAGUUGCAUCCCCAUCAAUUCGAAGCUUUCGUAUUAUUGGCACUACUAGUACUUACACAGACCGUUCAAGACACAGAUUAAUGUACUCAGUAUGUAUCACAUUGCACACUGCACGAAUCAGGUGAAAGGUGUUUUGCUCUACUUCUAUUCGGGAACGAUACCGCGCGCUUCACUUCCACUAUUAUAAUAUGUACUAGAUAAAACAUGAGCAGCCCAUCUGUAUCUGAUAUACAAACUUGAGCCGAAGGCGAGAGUUUGUAUAUCAGAUACAGAUCGGAUGAGAAUGUUUUAUCGUACUUAAAAAAUGACCCAUCUUAUGAGUUCAUUGGCGAAGUAAUUUUAAAAAUAAACAUUGUCUAAGCCGAGAAAAUCAAAGCUGAAGUUUAUGUAAAUCAGGACAAAUCUUUAUCCGAUUUACAAACAUUGAUUAAACAUUAAUUUCUUUUGUAUUUUCCUCGUGAAUUAUUAAUGAAUUUUUUAAUUAAUAUUGUUAUAAAAUGUUUGAAUUUUUAUUAUGUUUAUAUUGGGUCAUAACCUCUAAAUUGAUAGCAAUGCAAAUUGCCAGAAAAUAGAAACCGGUUUUGAAUACGUCAUACUACGCAACUAUGGGUAGUUGAAGGGUAGUAGCCAAAAAUUGGUUCAUAGUUUUCAUACAGUAAGUACUGUUUAAUAAACGAGCAAGAGUGUUUUAUUAGGUUUAGAGCCACGAACGCGCAGCGCGAGUGGCUUUAGAUCUAAUAAAACACGACCUGCGAGUUUAUUAAACAGCUUCAAACACGACUACAAAUUCAAUAGAUAUACUGCCUUAUUAGUAUUCUUUAUAUAAAGAAUACUAAUGAGGACACGACUACAAUAGAUACUGCCUUAUUAGUAUUCUUUAUAUAAAGAAUACUAAUUAGGAGUGUUUUAUCAGGUUUAAAGCCAUUGCACGUGACAUAUGGUCGACAUGAUUUGCCAAUAAGCUUAUGAAUUAUUAAUGAGUGUUUGAACUUUGUUUAAUUAAGUGGACGAUCUAACAGAAGUGUUGGUCAAGUUGUUGGAGAUGUAUUCAGAUGUUUGGUUCCAAUUCUGGCAAACAACGAAGGGAAAGUUAUUAUGCCUAUCCUUGCAUCAGGAGAUCAGGUUUUAUAA